GGGAAGCCUGUCGUUGGCACACGUUAGACACAGAGCCUCCGUGCAGAGUCACAGACUUCAACCAGUCCACAGUUUGUGUCCCUGUACGUUUCUCUUCAGGGUCUCAGAUCUUUGUCUUACUCUCUUACUGUGACAUGGAGUUCUACAGUGUGCACAGACCUUUUGACCACAGCCACUUGGGAGAGGAGAAGCACCAGAUGCUAAACCUGAACCGACGCCUGCAGAACUACCUGGGUCGGGUCAAACAUCUGGAGGAGGAAAAUAUGCUGCUUGCGACGGAGAUCCAAACUCUGAGACGGAGCAACCAGGGAGCCUCAGCACACAGGAGUGGCCUGGAGGAAGCACUCCGGCAGGCAAGACUCGAUUUAGAUGCAGCCUGGAGGGUCAGACUCCACACAGAGGUGGAGGUGGGUAGGCUGACUCGGGAGCUCCAAACCCUUGAUCUUCAGAGGCAGAAGGAGAUAGAGGCCCAGAUGGAGGCCAAGAUGAACCUGAAUCAAAGCGUGAAAGAGCUGGAAGAGGAGAAGAAGGCACAGAUCUGGCUGAGGGAGAAGAUCACUCACCUGGAGCAGGAGAUGAAACACCUCAUUCAAAGCCAUGAAGAAGAUGUGGCCCACAUAGAAGCCACGCUGACCCAUUCCAGAUACACAGCACCAUCUACACUGGUUCAAAGGGGCAACCAGAUGCCAAACCUCCUGCAGAUGGGGCAGGAGUACUCUCAGAGGGCCACUGAGGCAUGGAACGAGGCAGAGCAGGCCUAUCAGGGACAAUUAGGUCAGCUGGAGGAGUCGCUGAACCAGGCCAGGAGCCGCUUGACCCAAGUGAGCCAGGAGAAGAGUGAAAGCCUGCUGAAGCUGAGAGCCCUGGAGAAGGAGCUCAGCUCAGCUCAAGACGUCAGGCUGCAUCUGGAGAGGACGGCAGCCCAAAGCAGAGACAAACACAGCCAGGAGAUCCAGCAGCUCCAGGAGCACUUGGAGCAUCUGGAGGCGGAGAAGGAGGAGGUGGGCCAGCAGAUUGAUCAGCUCCUUGUGGAGAACAGAGGCCUGCUGCAGCUCAAGAUGUCUCUGGGCCUGGAAGUAGCAACGUACAGAGCUUUGCUGGACAGUGAAAGCCUCAAGAGAGACGUCGCUUUAGUAAAUCAACCAAGAAACAGUUACACUUCAGAUGCAGUUUUCAGUCAUCAGUUAAAUGCUAGCAUAAAGAACACGUUGGCGUCCUCCUUCUAUGGCAUAAAAGAGAGAUCGAAACCAAUAACCAUAACUCAAACACCACUGUGGAGUCGGACAUCUCAUAGCGAAGUGCCAAAGAUUUGGAAAAAAUCUACAGAGGAUGGGGUAGGUGAAGAAACACCUAACCUGAAAAAGACAGAAACUCAUCCCAAAAUGCUGCAGGAUGGAGAGGUUAAAGACUUGAGUCUGCAGGCGGUUCAGGAAAAAGUCACCUUCACUCAGCUCCUUUCUAUUCCUCAAGUGCAGGAGGCUGCUGCUGAAACAGUAUCAUGGGACAAAGAAGAAGAAAAGGACUGGAAAAUCCUUGAUGCUGGUCCUGUGGAGGAAAGCCCAGCUGACGAUAACCAGGCUGAGUGUGUCAGUGAGCUCAUAGAUGUUAGUCAGCAGUUUGCCACAACAAUUCUCACACCAUACCACGUCAAAGUGACCGAACAGGCCUCCUAUGAGUCUGAGGAGGACAUGCCUCUUGAAAGUCCUGCUGACAAAGAAGAGCUGCAGCUACCGCACACUGCAGUGGACACAGAGGUAGAAAAGGAACUUACAAGCAGCAAAUGUGAAAAAGAGGAAACUUCAGAUUCUGAAACUGAGGCAGUAUUUGAACCAACCCUUGGUUCCAGAAUAAGAGCCCCAGCUUCUGAGUGUGAGCCUGAAGAAAGUCUGUUUAAUCAAGAGGUGGACAUCAGCCAGGAGGAAAACAUCUCCAAUACUGAUGCUGGUCAGACAAAGCAAGAUGACAGUAUUUCUGUAGUACAGACACACGAGACAGAAGCUGAGGAUAAAUUGUACCCUGAUGGAGAAGAGAUGGAUAUAUUGGAUAGUGUCAUUGAAAAAAAGGUUGAUCUGAAGCAAGGUGAUGGUGUGAAAAAAGAAGAAUCUAACAGGCAACAUGCUGAGCCAGAGGAGGACAUUUCAGCACAUGAACAGGAGCUUGAAAAGACAGAACCGAGGGUGGACUUCUCUUCUGGUGCACAGCAAAAUGACAACAUAACCUCCUCAGUGACGGAGACGGAUGUGGAUUAUGAUGGACACCAGACACAGCUUCCUGGCAAAGAAGAAGAUGAUGAAGAUGAAGAUGAAGAUUCACAAAAUGUCUCUGUGUCCUGGAGGACAGAGGUGGAGAGUGACAGCUAUGCUCAGGAUAACACACUUGCUGAUACUAGACCUUUGAUUCAGUAUAAGAAUGAUGAGACGGAUGCCUACUCUCGGGCAUCCCGCUUGGACGACAGCGAGUCCAGCGAGGGCGAGCAGGAAAAGAAGGCUGGCGAAGCAGGAGCGUGGGCCAAAAGCAAGUCAAUGAAAUUUGGAACUAUGGAGGACCUGUGUGAAGAUGUGGAAGGAGAAGGUCUGGAUGAGGAAUAUGAUCUGGGAUACACUCACGCUGAAGACAAAGAUCUUGACAGCACAGUGACUACCACUGAACAUGCAGCAGGAAGCAUAAACAUCAAUGAGGGCGACUUAGAGGAAAACACUGAAAAAGCAACUGAAUCAAUGAUAACUAUGGAUGAAGAGCAUAAGGAGGAAUUGGAGACAGAUGUACAUGUGGAAGAGGAAAUAGAAGACCUGUGCACAGAAAGUUACAGUGCUAACUUUGCUAGUGAGAGUGAGGUGGCACCAGAACUACAGGUCGCAUCUGUUCAAGAAAAGACAGAGGACCAAGAAGUGACUCCAGAGCAACAACAUCCAUCUACAGAUGCAGUUAUAGAUCAACCCUGUGAGCACCUGGAGGUCUGGAAUUCUACAGCUGAAGAACUUCAGACAGAUGACAACACCCAACACAUUAAUCAAGAGGAUAUAAGGGAAAGAAGUGAGGAAGAAGACAAACUUGGUGCUUUGAUGGUGGAAUACACUGAUAUAAGCAAAGAUCAGUCUGACUACAACACCGUCACCAGCGGUACUGAGAGCCAAACCAUCAUGAAAAACUCAGGCAUAGAAGAAUGUGGCCAAGGUAUAGAAGAGGAAAUAGAAGACCUGUGCACAGAAAGUUACAGUGCUAACUUUGCUAGUGAGAGUGAGGUGGCACCAGAACUACAGGUUGCAUCUGUUCAAGAAAAGACAGAGGACCAAGAAGUGACUCCAGAGCAACAACAUCCAUCUACAGAUGCAGUUAUAGAUCAACCCUGUGAGCACCUGGAGGUCUGGGAUUCUACAGCUCAAGAACUUCAGACAGAUGACAACACCCAACACAUUAAUCAAGAGGAUAUGAGGGAAAGAAGUGAGGAAGAAGACAAACUCAGUGCUUUGAUGGUGGAAUACACUGAUAUAAGCAAAGAUCAGUCUGACUACAAUACCGUCACCAGCAGUACUGAGAGCCAAACCAUCAUGAAAAACUCAGGCAUAGAAGAAUGUGGCCAAGGAAUAGAAGAGGAAAUAGAAGACCUGUGCACAGAAAGUUACAGUGCUAACUUUGCUAGUGAGAGUGAGGUGGCACCAGAACUACAGGUCGCAUCUGUUCAAGAAAAGACAGAGGACCAAGAAGUGACUCCAGAGCAACAACAUCCAUCUACAGAUGCAGUUAUAGAUAAACCCUGUGAGCACCUGGAGGUCUGGAAUUCUACAGCUGAAGAACUUCAGACAGAUGACAACACCCAACACAUUAAUCAAGAGGAUAUGAGGGAAAGAAGUGAGGAAGAAGACAAACUCAGUGCUUUGAUGGUGGAAUACACUGAUAUAAGCAAAGAUCAGUCUGACUACAACACCGUCACCAGCAGUACUGAGAGCCAAACCAUCAUGAAAAACUCAGGCAUGGAAGAAUGUGGCCAAGGAAUUCAUGACAGCCAACAGGAUGUGGAUCAUGCCGCUGAGCUAGAAGAGGCUGUACCUACCCCAGAUUUCAAAAAGUCUCUAGAAAACAUCACUGAAAAUGCUGCAGAGUGUCAGGCUUCUCACGCAUUUGCAGAAACAGCAGAAUGUGAAGUUCUACAGAGUCCAAAAAAAGCUGAGGCUGGUGAAAAAAAUGAUAAUGCUCCUGAAUCAGGGCAACAUUGCCUCUUUGAUGUAGAUAGCUGUGAUCAGAAUGCUGUUAUACAAAAAGACGAUCACAAUGAGAGGGAGAUCUGCAUGGUCAAGGACCCCACUGAAACACUUAAAACAAAUGGUGAUGACAGUAACACCCUCCAUGGUUUCUUUAGCUCUGCAGUAGAGAAAGACAUCUGGUUGCCCACUUUUGGAAAUGGAGCCACCUGUGAUCCAGAAGAUGCUCAGCAGUCCAAUCAGAAUCUAGGGUUUAGUGACAGCUUAGUUUGGGGGAUUUCAGAAAACCAGAAUGAAGUGAAUGGGAACUCAGAGAUGGAUAGGAAAAACAAGGAGCCUUUGGAAGUGAAGCAAGUGUUGAGUAGAAAUGUUGCUGAGGAGACCAUUAUCCAUUCUGAGGAUUCUGAUAAUGAAGGGAAAUGUUGGUCAUCGGGGGAUGAAUAGGAUGAAAAAGUCAUGGAACAUUUAACAAAUAAUCAUUGUUAGUGUGAGAAAAAUUAAACUUUGUUGCCUAUAGAGAGAGAAAUCCAAAGCGGUGCCUUGGUGCACACCAACCACCAAUGUGCCAAUUUUAUAUCCAAGGAAACUGAGCAAUGUCCUGUUUUCCAAACAUGUUUGAUUAACUUAUAGCCCAAUUGUUUAAAGAUUUCUGUCUUUUAGUGUGCAUGUUAUGGAAAAAGAUAGGAGGAUUUGUGCAUGAUGGAAUAGCGUGGAGAACAAAGUGCCAUUUCAAAGUCAAAUUAUCCAUUGAUUGCUGCCUAAUUUGAUUUCUCCUCUUGUUGGAAAUUGAUGGGUCAUUUCAGUGACUCAACACAUUUGACUCAUGUUUGCAUGUUUACACAUAGAUACAAAGAAUGGCUGGAAAAUGUUUUCAUAUUCAAGGCAACAUGAAAAAAAAUAUGAAAUCAAAAACUGCUAAAUUUCUAUUUGCUUGCUUUGGAAGAUCAAAAUCCACUUUGUGCAUUUUCAUUUUAAAAUAGAAUUUUCUGAUAUGGACUUUUAUGCCCCAAAUAAACAUUCAUGAUAUA